AUGGAUGAUACAAAUGAUAACAAAUCGUUGACAACGUCAGGAUCAUCGACACCCGAAACACAAAAUUUAAUGAUUGAAGAUGAUAUCAGCGAUACAAGUAGUACGAGCAGUAUUUGCGACCUAACAACAUCACAACAACAAGUAAUUAAUAGUUUUAUGACAUCAAACCAAAUCGCAUCAACCCCAACAGCAACAAGCAACACAUCGCCAUCAAUCAUUGCAACAACAUUUAAUAAAAUUAAUCCAAUUGUAAAUAGUAAAUCAAAUAGCAGUGGUUCAUUAAUAAGCGGAUCAAAGGAAGAUAAAAAACCUAGACCAAAAAUAGAGACUAUGAUAAUAGCAGCAAAGAGUGGAAAUGUUGUAUUUUUAACCAAUUCAUUAAAGACUAAACCAAUUAUACCGUUGACAGUGGUACUAAGAAAAAAGAAUACAUUCCUUCAUAUAGCAUGCAAAUCGUUAAAGUUAGUCUCAGUAAACUAUAUUUUGCAACAAACCAAGUCUGAAUUGGUCAAUUUUCAAAACGAAAAAAUGAAGACUCCAUUUUUUAUUUGUUGUGAAAAGGCAUUCUUUAGAGCAGCAACUCAACUUUUAGAAAAUGGUGCAUCACCCAUACUAUCAAAUCUUCAAAAGUGGACACCUCUACAUAAACUAUGUUCAUUGGAACUUAAAAAAGAACUCUACAGUUCAAACAUCGACUCAAUUAUUGGUUACGCGCCAAAUCCUAGCGAUUCAUUAUUAGAAUUGGUUCAAAAAAUAUUUGUUUCCAUCGAAAAAUAUAAUCAAGUUUCAAAACCUGGCCAAACUGUCUCUAUUAUCAACGCAAAGACAAGUCAUAACCAAACACCUUUACAUCUAUCCUUAAUUAGUGGCAAUAUUAGUUUAUCAAAAUAUUUAAUGACCCAAUCAACACCAGAAUCACUUAAAAUUAAAGAUACAAACGGCAAUACACCAUUUCAUAUUUUAGCAUACUUAUAUAAUAGUAGAGUUGCACCAAUAUGUGAAGGUAUAUUAAAAAUAUUAUCAGAAAAUUUAGAUGGCGAACAAUUACAAGACUACAUUGAUGAUGUAAACAACUCAAUGGCAUCAGCAUUACAAAUAUCAAUGAAAAACAAUCAUAUGGCCCUAAGUAAAUUAAUUGUAAAAUAUAGAGCACAGGCAGAGUCUAAAAUAUUAGAGGUUUUCUUUAAGCAAUUGGGCAGCUGCGAUUCAAGCGAAGCAACCAAACUCCCAUUAGAAUCAAUUAUAUAUAACGAUGAUUUUAGAAAUUCAACAUUCGGUAAACUUAUCAAAAGAAUUAUUGUUAUCAUUAAGCAACACUAUGCAAUCAACAUGUCACAUCAAAAUGCAAAUAUUCUUUUAAAAAGAGCAAAAGAUACAUUAUCAAGAUUAUUCAGUUGGUUGGAUGAUAAUAUUCAAGAUCAUCAAUAUUUAAAACAAUAUAAAGAGUUAAUCUAUACACAAAUUUAUGAUACAAUAAUACAUUUAUAUCAAGAAACUAACAAAUCAAAAGAUUUAUUAUUUCAACAAAGAGUUAAUAUGUUUAAAAAUAUUGAAUAUAGGGAGUUAGAUAUUUCAGAACACAGCUGGGAACAAAACGUAAAUUUAUUACCAAAGGCAUUAGAAAUUAUUAAUCAGUUACAAAAUAAAAAGACACCAUCAGAAAAAAUCAACUGUUUAAAUGAAGCUACUAGCCAGAUUAGUAGAACUGAUGCAAAUGAUUUAACACCAAUGUUCAUGUAUUUAUUAAUAAAGUCCCAAGUUGAGGCCAUUCAAUCACAGUUUCAAUUUAUGAACGAUUUUAAAGAAACUCCAGAACAAGAGCAAUAUUUGGUAUUACUUCAAGGUUCAUUGGAUUAUUUAGAUACCCUAAAUGUAACUUUAAGAAACUCUCAAAAUCAAGUAAUGUCACUAAGCGGUAUAGUCGAGAGAACUAUUGAUAAUUUAUUGUCACUUUUGGACGAGUUUCAAAAUCAACCCUCAUUUAAUGGUGCAGAUCAAAUCGUAGAUGAUAUUGACGAGGGUAUUCAAAUUGGUGAUGAAAUCAUCUUGUUAUUAAUGUUGCUUUCAAAACUUUCAAAUCGUUCCUCUAAUGAACCCAUCUAUUUACCUUUAAAAUGGUGCAAACCAGUUUUAGAAGCUUACCAUUUCAGAGCCAUCAUUGAAAGAUUGGGUCUUCGUUUAGAAUCUGAUGAAUCAUUAUUAAUUAAAAGUCAUAAUAGCAAUAUAGUAUUUAAUAAUAAUAGUCCAUUGGCAAAUAAGGUUUUAAAUGUAAAUAGCAAUAUAACCAGCAAUACCAUUUCAUUGGAACCUAUGUUACCAUCUUCACCAACAAAAAACUCAAACUCUAUUCAGUCCUCUCAAUCCUCACCAUCAUUAUUAACUCUUAGUGAUUUAUCAAACGAAAUUUGUAAUAUAAAUAUUAAUAAUAAUAAUAAUAAUAAUAAUAAUAAUAAUAAUAAUAAUAAUAAUAGUAGUAACAAUAUAAAUAAUACCACUACCACUAUUAUAACUACUACAACUACUCAGACUAAAACUAUAAACUAUAAUAAUUUACCAGCAGGUUAUAUAUGUCAUAAAAAAGGUGAAAUUUGUAUAUUACUUGAACAUCCUUACCCACAAAUGGUUUAUCAGAUAAUAGAAGAAAAAAUUAGAGAAGUUGUAUUACCCAAAAUUCAAAAUAAAUAAUAAGUAAUCAAAUAAUAAAAAUAAUAUAAUAAUAUAAUAACAGCAAUAUAAAUAAUAAAUAAUAACUAUAAAAGACCAUCUCAAUAAAAAUUUUGUAAAACUAUAUUAUAAAAUAUAUAAUAUUAUAUCCAAAAUU